AUGCCCUGUUACCUGUUUUCGAAUUGCGAUUCCAUUGAUAAUAGAGUUCAUCUCUUCUACCCUCUCCUCCUAUCAUCAAAUCCAAUAGUUUUCAUAUCCAACAUUAGCAUUCAUCCACCUCCUUAUUAUCUCUGGGUACUUUUCGGAAAAAAUCAUCACUCACUUCAUAUAACAUGGCUCUCGUUUAGCAGUCUAACUAAUCUUGAGAAAGAUAAGGAUGUUAGUCAGGAUGAGAACGGGCGCGUCCGGUUGAAAAAGGAAAAAGAGAGAAAAGGUUUAUGUGGUAGGUUACGCGAAUGGUUCAACCGGGAAAAGCGCGCCUGGAAAAAGGGUGGGAGAAAAGAUAUAGUCAGGGAUAACGUACCAGAAGAUGCUAAAGAGGAGGUGAAUGCCAAAGUUUGGCAUAGAGAGGGUGUGAGAUAUGAUGAAGCUAGCUUGAAUAAUUUUAAUCUGAUUAAUGUCAUUGGUAAAGGUGCUUUCGGAAAGGUGUUUUUGGCUGAAUCAGUGGCCACUAAAGAGCUGUACGCUCUGAAGGCUAUACAGAAAAGUACCCUCAAGCUUAAGAAGGCAUUUGAUCGUAUCCGCAUCGAAAAAGAAAUUUUUGAAGCUUCUAGAAAUCAUCCAUUUCUAGUAAGAUUCCAUACUUCCAUUGAAACUCCCUCCAAAUUUAUAUUCGCUCUCGAAUACAUAAAUGGUGGCGACCUUCGCCACCACUUGGAAAAAACAGGGAGAUUGGCCGAGGAUGCUGUCAGGUUUUAUUUAUCGGAGAUUAUAGUUGGAUUAACAUUCCUCCAUUCCAAAGGAAUAGUUCACAGGGAUAUUAAGCCUGAUAAUGUGCUCAUAGAUAAAGAUGGGCACAUUCGAAUUACAGAUUUUGGCCUGAGCAAAAACGGUCUUAAUGGGAAUAACAAAACUCGGAGCUUAUGUGGGACCCCAGGAUACCUUGCCCCUGAAAUGUUUGGUGGCCAAGGUUAUGGUUUUAGUGUGGAUUUUUAUGCCCUGGGGAUCAUGAUGUAUGAAAUGUUAAGUGGAAACCCAGCUUUUGUUUAUGCACGGGAACAGAGAAGAACUUUGUGCCAAAGCCUAUUUGGAAAGGAAAACGCUGCGCGAAUAUCAAAUAUAUCGAAAGAGGCUUCGGCGGUCCUAACGGGAUUUUUGAUAAAAAAUCCGAGAAAGAGAUUGGGGUGUCAUCCCCAAAAGGGUUUUCAGCAGAUAAUUUCCAUGCCCUUUUUUAAAGGGUUAGAUUGGGAACUGGUCGAAGCUAAAAAGAUUGAACCUCCAUAUAAGCCGUUACUGAGCGGCCCCAUAGAUAUAUCAAAUUUCAAACCAAAAUUCACGGUUCAGGAAGCCAUCUUAACGCCAGAAUACCAGUAA